UCUAUAGAUCUAGUACCAGACACAUACACGUUGAUCGUGUAUGUUUGUCGUUAUGGUUUUAUUUUUAACAAUGUUUUUAAUUGUUAAAUAAAUAAAUAAAUAAAAUAAUAGCUGUGUGUCAGCAGUGCUAAAAUUACUAUUAAUAAAUAAAAAAUGUCAAUAGCUGAUGUUUUAACUAAAAAUAAUAAUUUAUCAUUAACAAAUUCAAUAAUGGAAUCUUCGAGGUUAAGUAGUGAUUCUGAUGGAAGUGCGCAGAAUUAUUCAAUGAUGCCAUCAAAACACAAAUUAUCCGAGUCAGAAGAUGACUUGGAGCAUGAUGACAAACGUGCUAAGUUUGAUAACGAUUCAGACGAUGAAUCAAACAGAGAACUGUCACAUCAAGUGACACCUUUAAUGGAGCAAACAACUUCGGAUAACGGUCGUCGUUCAAUGCAUAAAUUUGGUAAACGUAAAUUUCAUAAGUCAGAAGACUUGGAGCCCGAUGAUAAACGCGCUAAGUUUGGUAGCGAGUCAAACAGAGGGCUGUCACAUCAAGAGGAACCUUCGACAGAGCAGACAAUUUCGAAUAUCGGUCGUCGUAUGUUGCAAAAAAUGGGUUACUCUGAAGGACGUGGUCUUGGUAAAUACGAGCAGGGUCGUGUGGCUCCAGUAGAAGCGUUUCAACAGAAAGGUCGUCGUGGUUUGGGUCACGACAAUAAAAAAUUAACAGAGGCUACACUUAAAUGGGAUCCAUCAGCGGAAGUUGUUGAUGUCCAUGAAAAUAUGCUUUGGCUUGAUAACUCUAAAACUCCACCUUCUCUCGACGAAAUGGAAUCUUGGAUUGUUUUAGGACGUAGACCAGAUACUAUUGACAACGAAACACUAUUCUGUGAUCCCCAGAUUGUUCAGCAAGUUGUUAAUUCAAAAACAAUAUUUGACACACUAGAUAAAAAUGAAAUGCAUCGGGCACGUAGUCGUUCAAAUCCUUAUGAGACAAUUCGCGGAGCUUUUUUUCUCAAUCGCGCUGCUGUUAAAAUGGCAAAUAUUGACAAAGCAUGUAAUUUUAUGUUCACUCAUCGAAAUAUUGGUAGCAAUGAGACACUUUAUUUUGCUGAUGUCUGUGCUGGUCCUGGUGGCUUCAGCGAGUACGUUUUGUGGAGAACUAAGUGGGGAGCAAAAGGUUUUGGUUUUACGCUGCGUGAUUCAAAUGACUUUAAGCUAGAAGAUUUUUAUGCUGCGUCACCUGAAACUUUUCAUCCAUUCUACGGUCCAAAGGAAGAUGGUAAUGUAUAUGAUCCAGAUAAUCAACAAGCAUUUAAACGUAUCGUUAUGCAGUCUACAAGAAAUAAAGGUCUUCAUUUUAUGAUGGCCGAUGGUGGGUUUUCAGUAGACGGUCAAGAAAAUAUACAAGAAAUUCUCUCAAAACAAUUGUAUCUCUGUCAAUGUCUUGUUGCGCUGAUGAUUGUCCGUGAAGGCGGUCAUUUUGUUACCAAAUUAUUUGAUUUAUUUACUCCAUUUAGCGCAGGAUUAGUUUAUUUAAUGCACCGGUGUUUCAAAAGAGUUUGUAUCUUCAAACCAAAUACCUCCAGACCAGCAAACUCUGAACGUUACUUAAUUUGUAAAGAAAAAUUACCAGACACUGAAGAUGUCAUACAAUAUUUAGACCACGUUAAUAAAUUACUUCUAAAAAAAGAUUUAAAUCGUGAUGUCAUUGGUCUAGUGCCGCUGGAUAUUCUACAAGGGGAUGAAAAUUUUUUUAUGUACUUGAAAGAAUCAAAUGAAUCACUUGGUAGUAAACAAGUAGUUGGUUUAUUAAAAAUAGCAGCUUACUGUGAAGAUCCCACGCUCAGUGAAAAAAGGCAGGCUCAAAUGCGUAAAGAGUGUCUUGAAUAUUGGGAACUUCCUGAUGAAAGUCGUACCCGACCACGUGAUCAAAGGCCCGAUGAUCAUGUGCAAACUCUUAUUGGUGCUGCACUUCAAGCUCUUUAUACCAGUAAAUUAACGACAUUAACAAAUGAUAAUUUGACAUCAACAAUAUUAUCUCGGCCUUGUAAUUGGUUUUGUCUGCCAUGUGAAGCUAAAAAUUCAGCGGACGUUGAAAAACUUCCGACAUUUUAUUUCAGUGCCGGUCGUACCAAAGUUUAUCGUUACGUUCGUAAAAUGUGGUCACGUGUUGAAAAUAUUGAGUUACCAGCGCACACAUUUAUUUAUGCUGAAAUUGUUACUGAAAUGCGCGGAGACAGCAGAACCCAAAGAAGAACUAAUGCACUUCAUAUUAUCGAUGCCUGGCUUCUCGGUAAUAAAGAAGUUAAUCAAAAGUACUUACCAGAUCGUCAUGCUAUGAUUGAACAAUUUUGUGAAUUAUUGUGGUCACCGGGUAAUAAAUCAACGAUGCGCGUACGUCCUAAGCCACUUUAUUCAUUGGACGAUGAUUUACCAGCUGUAAUGAAUUUAAAAACUCGAGUUUUAAAAAAUAAUUCUCAAGUGGAGGCUCUGCAUCCUGGAGAACCGAUUUAUUCAAUAAACUCUGACGAUGAACGUGAUCAGUUUUAUAUUGUACCAAAUAGCAUGAUAUUUUUAAAUUCUAUUCAACCUCCGUGGGCUAAACAUUUGAGCCGUAGUACUGGUUAUCACUACUUCUUUAAUUCACAGACAGAUGCUAAAUUUUAUAAUGACAGAAGACCUGAUGAUUCGGUUGCUGAUUUUACUAGUAGUAUUUGUUCACGUAUUUUUUGGUUUUGGCAGGAUUCAAAUUCUCCAAAGUUAUUUGAUCUUAAUGCUAGAAUAAAAAAUAUAUGUCCGGGUAACACUAUUACUAAAUCAUCAAAGUAGUAAAUAAAUAAAUUUU